GAAUGCAUUCAACUGUUCCUCCUCGAGUCGGACUCGGCAGCAGUUGGAUGGCGUGAGCAGCAGAGCACUGCACAGGACAGAGCAGACGCACAGGCAGCACACAGAGGCGCGCGAUUAAUUGACGAAUCUAGAGGACAGGACAGGGCUCUGUCCUCCAGUAGCAUCCUUUCGUUUCGAACAUGGAUUUGGAGACCAGAAGACACACUGAAAUGCUUUUACAGCUAGCAGUCAUUUUCUGCUGUUCAUAUGGGGCAAUUGGAAAAGACAGCUGUGAUGGCCCACUGGUGUCCAGCCUGCCCCAGUCCUCCUUCAGAAGCUCAUCACAGUUAUCCAACAGCCAUGGACCCGGCUUUGCCAAAGUAAACAGGAGAGAUGGUGCCGGAGGCUGGGCUCCUGUAGAGUCUAAUAAGUACCAGUGGUUGGAGGUGGACCUGGGGGAGCGGACGGAGAUCACAGCCGUGGCCACGCAGGGUCGCUACGGCAGUUCAGACUGGGUCUCCUCCUUCCUCCUCAUGUUCAGCGACACGGGACGCAACUGGAAACAGUACCGCCAGGAGGACAGCAUCGGGGCAUUCACUGGAAACAGCAAUGCAGACAGUGUGGUGCAGUUCAAACUGCAGCAGCCAGUCUUUGCCAGGUUCCUACGGUUACUUCCUCUAGACUGGAACCCUAACGGGAGGAUAGGCCUGAGGCUGGAGGCCUAUGGAUGCCCUUACAAGUCUGUUGUGGCAAGUUUUGACGGAAGCGGCUGCUUGCUCUACAGGUUCAGCCCCAACCCAACACCAAUUCGAACAGCCAAAGACAGUAUCUCUCUGAAGUUCAAAACCCUGCAGAACUCUGGGACACUGAUACACACAGAGGGACAACACGAUCGCAGCCUCACGCUGGAGUUGCACAAGGGAACACUUUUACUCCACCUCAGAAAAGGUAAAGGUGCCUCUCCUGGUCCUGAGAGCCACACGGUCGUGUCACUGGGUAGUCUUCUAGAUGACCUGCACUGGCACCAUGUAGCCAUCGAGCGUGUUAGCGGCCAUGUCAACUUCACUGUGGAUAAAAGCACUCAACAGAUCCAGGUCCCUGCAGAACUCAGUCCUUUUGAGAUAAACGAGAUAAGCUUUGGUGGCGUCCAGUGCCAUGGAACACAGAUGGUUCUGUCCAGGAGGAACUUCCAUGGGUGUCUUGAGAACCUUCUCUGGAAUGAGGUGAACGUCAAUGAUCUGGCCAAGCAGCGCCAGAAGGUCUCCAUCACGGGCAAUGUGACCUUUACUUGUGCUGAGCCGGUCUCCGUUCCAGUGACGUUCACUGGCGCCCAGAGUUUCCUCCAGUUGCCGGGUGCAGCUCUACAGCAGAGAGACGCCGGUGGCGGCGGGGUUGCCUUGGUGGCGGUUGGUGUGGCGAUCAGCCUGCAGUUCCGGACCUGGAACAGAGCGGGCCUUCUGUUAACCUUUGACCUCCAGCAGCAGGUGGGGAGCCUGUGGCUCUACCUGAGUGAGACCAGAGUCAGGCUGCAGAUACACAAGGCUGGCAGGAUCCUACUGGACGUUGUCACAGGGUUUGGUCUGAACGACGGCCAGUGGCAUUCAGUAGACCUGACUGCAAGAAGAGGUCGUCUGACCAUCACUGUGGAUAAAGAGGAAAGCUCCACAGCUCAUGCCAGCCCAUCUUUCCCUGUGGUGUCAGGAAACAACCUCUUCUUUGGAGGUUGCCCGGAGAGCAAGAACAACCAGGAGUGCAGAAACCCUUUCAAUGUGUUCCAGGGUUGUAUGAGACACAUCCGUGUGGAUAACAAUGUUGUGGAUCUGAUCAAGGUGCAACAGAUGCUGAUGGGAAACUACAGCGACCUGCAGAUUGACAUGUGUGGAAUCAUCGACAGAUGCUCUCCAAGCCAUUGUGAACACGGGGGGAGAUGCACUCAGUCUUGGAGUACCUUCCAUUGCAAUUGCACUAACACAGGCUACAGUGGAGCAACAUGUCACAGCUCCGUCUACGAGCAGUCAUGUGAAGUGUACAAACAGAAGGGCAAUACAACAGGGCUGUAUUACAUAGACGUGGAUGGAAGCGGCCUGAUCAAGCCACAGCUGAUUUACUGCAACAUGACAGAUGAAACGUGGAUGGUGAUCCAACACAAUAACACGGAGCUAACCAAAUUAAAGGCCUCCUCUGGGAUAAAUCAGCAUUUAGCCUAUUUUAACUAUUCGGCCGAUGCUGAACAGCUCGGAGCCAUAAUUACUCAGGCGGAGCACUGCGAGCAGGAAGUCUUCUACCACUGUAGAAAGUCACGCCUCUUAAACACACCAGAUGGAUCUCCGUUCACUUGGUGGGUGGGACGGACAGACGAGCCACAGACGUACUGGGGCGGGGCAGUACCAGGGAGCCAGCAGUGUGGCUGCGGUCUUCAGGGUAACUGCAUCGACUCAGACCACUACUGCAAUUGUGACGCUGACCGCAAAGAAUGGGCUGCUGACUCUGGCCUGCUCAUCCAUAAGGAGAAUCUACCAGUCAGAUGGGUGGUGGUGGGGGAUAUACAGAGGCCUGAAUCAGAGGCAGCCUAUAGAGUCAGCCCACUUAGAUGUCAUGGAGACAAGAACUUCUGGAACGCAGCGUUCUUCAACAAAGAGACAUCGUACCUGCACUUCCCCACGUUCCACGGAGAGCUCAGUGCAGACAUCUCCUUCCUGUUCAAAACCACUGCCUCUUCAGGGGUCUUCCUGGAAAACCUGGGCAUUAAAGACUUCAUACGGGUUGAACUCAGCUCUCCGAUGGAGGUCGUCUUCUCGUUUGACGUGGGCAAUGGCCCCUUUGAGGUGCGUGUGGAGACGGGCGGCAUGGCGCUAAACGACGACAGGUGGCACCGCGUUCGAGCGGAGCGGAACGUGAAAGAGGCUUCACUGUGUGUGGACUCUUUCCCGGGUACCACACAGAAGGCCCCCGCCGACGGUCACAUCCAUCUGCAACUCAACAGCCAAUUAUUUGUAGGUGGCACUGCUUCCAGAAUGAAAGGUUUCCUGGGUUGUAUCCGCUCGCUGCAACUGAACGGGAGGACUCUGGACCUGGAGGAGAGGGCUAAGAUUACGCCUGGGGUGAGUCCGGGCUGCCCGGGACACUGCAGCAGCUACGGGCAUCUGUGCCAGAACCAGGCGAGGUGUGUGGAGAGGUACAAUGGCUUCUCCUGCGACUGUGGCCUCUCCGCCUACGCAGGCCCCUUCUGCCAGAGAGAGGUCUCUGCUUACUUCAAACCUGGGACAUCAGUCCAGUACACAUUCAAGGAGCCGUACGAGCUGACUAGAAACACCAGCACUCAGUCCCAGUCCUCCUCCAUCUACUCUGACCUGACGCUACGAGGAGAGAAUGUCUCGUUUAGCUUCAGAACCACACAGAGCCCUGCGUUACUUCUCUACAUCUGCUCCUACUACAGAGAGUACCUGGCUGUGCUGCUCAACAGGAAUGGUUACCUGGAUGUUAAAUACAAGCUGCAGAACAGUAGAGAUGCUGAGGUAUUCAGGACCAGCAUUAGGAACUUGGCCAAUGGACAACUUCACAGAGUCUCCAUCAGGAGGAUAUCAGAGACUGUCAGUGUUCAGAUUGACCAGCACAGAAGGGAAGACUUCAAUCUCACAUCUGAUACAGAAUUCAAUGCUAUCAAGUCAGUUGUCCUUGGGAAAGUGCAAGAGUCUGGUGAGCUGGAUCCAGAGAUUGCCAGGCUGAACUCCCUGGGUUUCAGUGGCUGUCUGUCGGUGGUCCAGUUUAACUCCAUCACUCCACUGAAGGCAGCGCUACUCUACCCAAACACCAGCCCAGUCAUAGUGACAGGACCCCUAGCUGAGUCCACCUGUGGUUCCUCAUCUCCAGCCAAUACCUACCCAGCCGAAACCACACACCCCCUAUCAGACCAUUCAGGUACAGUAGGUACUGGUGAGCCUAUAGUUAACGCAAUCAAGAGUGACUCUGCAUUGAUUGGAGGUGUGAUUGCUGUAGUGAUAUUUGUGAUUCUGUCUGCGUUGGCAGUAAUGGUAAGGUUCCUGUAUCGACGGAAAGAGACGUUCCACAGACAAGAACCCAAAAGCAUCAAACCUGAGGCAGAUAGUCCUGAGUUCCCUUUCCACAGCGAGCCCACCUCACAGAACGUACUAAGUGAAAACCAAAAGGAGUAUUUCAUAUAGCUCCAUCUGUCCACCCCCGGACUUUCUCAAUUUUUGACUUAUCCAGUGAAUCUGAUUAAGGAAGUACAGAAAUGCCUUCCAAGCCCUAGAGACAUUAUUUACAUUCACAGUGCAUUACACACACAUGCAGUAAAAGACCCUCAGCAACAGUCAAAACAAGAUGGCUGACCAAAAUGUGGAGAAGAUAAAAAAAAAAAAAUUUGUUGAUGUAUUGUUCUUUCUUGUUUUACCGGGUGUUGUUUUUUUAUAUUACUACACUGAACAAAAAUAUAAACACAACGUGUAAAGUGUUGGUCCCAUGUUUCAUGAGCUGAAAUAAGAGCCCAUAAAUGUUCCAUACGCACAAAAAGCUUGUUUC